AUGGCUGACGUCUUUCAAAAGCCAAGUAAUCUGCUGACGCAUACAAGCAACGCGGUGAGGCUCGUGCUCAUCGACUUCGGAUCCAGUCGUCGCUGCAAUGCGGAAACAGUUGUUUGGAACAGUGGCGCGAUUGAUUUCGCAGCACCGGAGCAGAUUUCGCACCGCGAGGUUACGGCUAAAGCGGACAUGUGGUAAGU